CCAUUGCUUUCUUCAUCUUCUCAACCUAUUCUUCUACGUUAUCUAUUAUUAUAUCGUUAUUUAUGUACUCAGAAUAAAGGGACUUAUCUGAAAGAGAUGACAAGUGAAAAAAUCGGUAGCUCUAUGUGUCUGUACCUGGAUUGGAACCCUUCAGCCACAUCCAUCACAGUUGGGCUUUCUGAUGGCUCCGUAUCUAUUGUUUCUCUUCUUGAAUCCAAGCUGGAAAUACAGGAAGAGUGGAAGGCACAUGAUUUUGAACUUUGGACAACCUCCUUUGAUAUCCACCAGCCAAAUUUGGUAUAUACUGGCUCUGAUGACUGUAAGUUCAGUUGUUGGGAUUUGCGGGAUAGUCCUUCCAAUCUGGUAUUUCAGAUCUCUAAAGUCCACAAGAUGGGCGUUUGUUGUAUUGAAAAGAGUCCUCAUGACCCAAACAGCUUAUUAACUGGCAGCUAUGAUGAAUUCUUGAGGGUAUGGGAUUUGAGAUCAAUCUCAAAACCUGUUAACGAGACUUCAAUCAGCUUAGGGGGAGGAGUUUGGAGGGUGAAGCACCACCCCUUCAUUCCAGGGUUGGUCUUGGCUGCCUGCAUGCACAAUGGUUUUGCAAUUGUUGUCAUUAAAGGGGACAAAGCUGAAGUUCAUGAAACUUACAAGAAGCAUGAUUCCCUUGCAUACGGAGCAGACUGGCAGAAAGGAGAAGCAAAUCACAGAGGUGGGGGAACCAAACCACUGAUAGCUACUUGCUCAUUCUAUGACAAACUUGUCCGGCUAUGGAGGCCAGGAAAUGAUAUUAUCUUGUAG